UAAUCAGCAAAGGAAUUCCUCAACACUUCAAGGAAAGUGCCUUGUCGCCAUCAUGACUACAGUAAAUGCAACUACAGCUUUUUCUACAGUGAACUCCACACUUUCUGCUCUAAUCACAAAUGGCACCCAGAACAGUCAAAAUAUUAUGUUUUCAGUUGUUGCCAGUUUUGCUGCCUUUUUUUCCAUCUUUGGGCUCAUAGGCAAUGCAAUUGUCAUCUGGGUUCUUACAUUUAAGAUGAAGAGGAACAAAUACACAGUGUAUAUCCUUAAUCUUGCCAUUGCUGAUUUUAUCUACCUUUUCUUUGAUGCUGUUUUCAUGCUUCUACUAGUGGUCAGAAUGCUUAGCACAAGGCAACCAGCAAGAAUGUUAAUCCAGGCGAUAGAAAUCAUAUAUGAUUUGGGCUAUACUGCAGGCAUGCUUUUCCUUACAGCGAUAAGCAUAGAACGUUGCUUGUCAGUUGUCUUCCCCAUAUGGCACAAAUGUUACCGGCCCAAGCACUUAUCCACUUGGACCUGUGGGUUCCUCUGGUUCUUUGGUACUUUAUUUUCUCUGCUUGAUAAUUUUGUUUGCCCUGCUAAUGGCUUCAAUCAGAAUACCCAUCAGUGCACAGCAUUGCAAAUAUUCAUCUCUGUUUUGACAUUUGCUAUCAUCGUUCCUGUGAUGGUUAUGUCCAGUUUUACUUUGAUCCAUGUUGUUAGGACAACAUCAAAGAAAUGUCGACCACCAAAAAUCUAUGUUGCCAUCAUAAUUACAGUUCUGGUGUUUUUGAUUUCUGUGGUUCCUAUCAAAGUGUUGUGGCUUUUGUUGUAUUUUAAGUUAUUCCCAAACAACUUCCAUUCCCUUGCCCUGUUCUUUGCCAGUAAUUACUGCACUAUGUUCAACAGCAGUGCAAACCCAUUCAUUUACUUCUUUGUGGGGAGGCAAAAGACAAAGAGGUUUAGUAGUACAGUGAAUGAAGCACUGAGCAGAGUUUUUAAAGAAGAGGAAACGGAACAAUCAACUGAAUAUUACACAGAGAGCAAUGCCACAAUCUCAACAUUAAAUUAACCAGUUCCAAGAAGAUAUGUUAAGUUUGAGUAAAGUGUGCGCUGAUAAUUCACCUGCUGAAGAAAAACUAAAAACUUCUCUUGACUAUGGACUUACUUUUAUUGGACAGCAUUUAAUUGAACGGGUUGUUCAGCUUCAAACACUUUUUUUCAGUUGAGUUGGUUUCAGAUAGUUCACCAGAAAUAAAGACUUACAAUUACUUUCUAUUUUCUAUGUGUGACAGUUUUCAUAAUAUUGGAGUUUAAAGUUUUACUUUUCACCUUUUAAAGCAACUCUGGGAGGGGGGGUCGCUGACCCU